UAACAUUACCCUUUUUAUUAGUCAAUGGCAGUGACAUUUCCCAUUAUGUUCAGGCAAGGAUGAAGAGCGGUUGAAACCCAAGGCCCAGGUCCCAACUCCCACCUUCCAUUGCCGUUCUUUAGGACCCACUGAACGGAGUAAAUAUCAAAGCUAAACCUUCUCGUAUAUACUAGUAUUGGGCUAGAUCAAGUCAACGGUCAAUGCAAUAACACAUCAGAGGCGACAGACCUCCAUCUCCUCCACCCCCGGCGCAUGUUAGAAGACAAUAGCCCUCACAUGUGCGAGGUGUCCCAAUCCAAUGAACCCACCACAAAACCCUGACACCUGACCCCCACCCCCCACAAGAAGCACAACUCCCCAUACGAGCAGCCCCUUCUUUCCACCCUUUCUUUAUCCCAACACCACCACCGAUUCGGUAGCAUGGCUCACCGCACCACCAACAGGCGCAUCUUAGCAGCACCAGAGCCUAACCCGUCGUCCCAUUCCAUAGAUCCCACCUUAAGAGGGCUGCCUAAUCCUACCAUAACCAGCCAUCCAACAACCCAAAAGUCAGAUCCAUUGAUACCUCCUAAGAAGCCCUUUUUCAUGACCAAUCACUUCUCAAGAUUGAACCUUCAUCACAAAACCCGAACACCCCAUAAACCUACCAACGACCAUCAUAACCACGCUCCACCUCAACCUAGUAGAGACAUUCAUUUGCAAGCCAAAGCCAUGACAGUUUCAGCUGAUGCUGCUGAUCCCUCCAAGUUUUCACUUAUCAAAGCAAACUACCUGCCCCUUAAAACAGCUAAAGAAUCACUGAAAGAGAAGGUCAGGAAAGCAUCAAAGGAUUUGGAUAAAAAGAGAGAACAACAUCAUCAAAGAUCAGUGCUUGAUAGCAAGAAAGUAGAUUUGACAGUCAAGGAGAAACAAGUGAAGAAUCUUCAUGAUGUGAAGAAGGCUUCAGCCUCAUUAGGCAGAAGGAGAUCGUUUUGUGGUUCACAAGUAGAGUUGGCUGAUAUUCUUGCAAAUUGUGGUGUCAAAAUUGUUUCAGUUGAUAUGCCACCGUUUAUGCAGAUCCAUGCUGUUGAUUGUGCAAGAAAGACUCACGAUAGCCUCGAAAAGUUCACUUCCAAGACCCUUGCACUCACUCUCAAAAAGGAGUUUGAUGGUGUCUAUGGACCGGCAUGGCAUUGUAUUGUGGGGACGAGUUUUGGGUCUUUUGUAACACACUCAGUUGGUGGGUUCCUAUAUUUUUCAAUGGAUCAAAAGUUGUAUGUCCUCUUGUUUAAGACAACUGUACAAAGAGCUGAUUGAGGUGGGGUGACAUAGAACACUUUGGAAGUUAAAGUAUAUCUAGUAUAGAAAAACUGUUGGAAGCUUAAAGCAAUGUUGUCCUAUUUGUAGGUUGUACAUGGCUUUUGAUAGGAAGAAAAGGGUAGGAUAUUUGUUUUAAUUUUAAUUGUGUAAACGACCCUUUUUGAGUGGUCUAGCCUAUAAGACAUAUUUCUUGUAAUGUAGUACUUGUUGGGGUUUAGAAAUACAGAAUCCAUUAGCAGCGUACAUUCCCAACGUGCCAUCUUCCCUUUGUUUCAUAAGUAGUACUAAUUCUUUCUGAUUUGUUUUUA